AUGAUUAAGGAUCUUAAUCCAAGGUAAAUUUAAUUCUAAAACUUUCCUUAGUUCUGAAUAUAAACACAGUAAGUCAUUCUUUUAAAUCGCUUAUUCAACAAUGCAAUGGUCCAAAUCUCCAAUCCCUAUAGCUAUUACUAAUCAAAUCAUUUCUGACGAAGUUAAAUUUAUAAAUUAACAAGGAGUGGUAAGGUCUAAAACACUUAAAAGUGUUGAAAACUAUUUAUUUUAUGAAACAAAAAAGGUAGAACAUUACACCUUAUUUUUUUUUUAGGGUAAAACCAAAUGGAUUGACAUAGAGAAUGCUAUAAUAGAAGUUUUUUAUCAUCAAAAAUUUGGUUCAGCCUUGAGAUUAAUAAAAUGUUUCGACGUCGUUGAAAUCUUUUGCGAUGCAAAAUCAUGGCUUAGCUAUCUUAAACGCUUUACUGUAUAAUGCGAUUUUAAUGCUACAUAUAUAGUUAAAAAGAAAAUCGGCAAGGGUUAAUUUUCAGAUGUAAAAAAAAAUUUCACUAUUUCUAUUUAGGUUUAUAAAGGCAUUAACAAAUAUGAUGGAAAUGAAUAUGCAGUCAAAAUCUAUUAAAAAUAAAGUUUAAUUGAUGAAAUUGAUAGAGCUGCAUUAUUAAAAAGAACUUCUAUUCAUAGAAGACUUUAAUCUGAAUUUGCUCUUAAAUUAUAUGAGAUCUUUGAAAAUAGUGAAUAAUUGAUUGUAGUCUUAGAAUUAAUUACUGGAGGUAAUCUAAUGGAUUAUAUUUCCAGAGAAAACUGUUUUCUAGAAGAUAAAGCUGCUAAAAUCAUUUUUAGAUUAGUCAAGACAAUAAGUUAUUUACAUUCAAAGAAUAUUAUUUAUAGAGACUUAAAACCUGAUAACAUUGCUUUUAGAAUAGCAGAUAAUAUUGAAACACUUUGUAUAAUAAAAUUUUAAUUGGCUGAUUUCUAUGAUCCAGAAACAAACUACGAUUAUGUUUGUUGUGGUACACCUGGUUUUAUUGCACCAGAAAUCUUACUUCAUUAGAAUUAUGACUUAAAAGUUGAUGUAUUUAGUAUUGGAGUAAUUUUAUAUAUUUUAAUGACUGGAACACCACCAUUUGAUGGUGAUACAAGAUUAUAGUAGAAUAUUGAGAGUGAUGUUGAUUUCAGUUCAAUUAAUUUAAGUCCACUUGGCCUUGAUUUUAUUGUUGGUACACUAUAACCAAAUCCAGAAGAAAGAUUGACAUCUCAUUAAUGUCUAAAUCAUUAAUGGUUUAUAUAAGAACAAUUAGCAAAAUUAAAAUAAAUGUAAAUGAAAAAACCAACUUUAUUCUAAAAUCAACAAAUUGCUAGAAGAAUUAAAUAAUCUAAAACCUUGACUCUUAGUACUUCCUCUCCUAGAAGUCAAAUCUCUAUUUAGAGUCCAAGAAACCAUAAUUUGCAAUAGAGUUAAAAUUAUCCUUCUAAACUUACAUAAUUCAAUACUGAAAAAUUAAUUGGACCUUCUUUUAGUUCUAAAGAUAUCAUUUAAUUUGAAAAGAUCUAAACAUAAAUUCCUGAUCAUGACUAAAACUAAGAAUAAAGUAAUUAAAAAACAUCCAUUUAAAGUUAAAUUAGAUUAUAAAGGAAAAAGACUUAAUCUUUUGUUAUUAAAUCAAAUUCAACAGCAAAACAAUUCAACAUUAUUAAAUCAAAGUUAAAAUGAAAAUAUUUCUAUAAAUUUUUAGAUUACAUAUAAAGAAUCCAAAAAUUAUAUAUUUAUAAUUUAUUUUUUUAUUANAAUGAAUAUGCAGUCAAAAUCUAUUAAAAAUAAAGUUUAAUUGAUGAAAUUGAUAGAGCUGCAUUAUUAAAAAGAACUUCUAUUCAUAGAAGACUUUAAUCUGAAUUUGCUCUUAAAUUAUAUGAGAUCUUUGAAAAUAGUGAAUAAUUGAUUGUAGUCUUAGAAUUAAUUACUGGAGGUAAUCUAAUGGAUUAUAUUUCCAGAGAAAACUGUUUUCUAGAAGAUAAAGCUGCUAAAAUCAUUUUUAGAUUAGUCAAGACAAUAAGUUAUUUACAUUCAAAGAAUAUUAUUUAUAGAGACUUAAAACCUGAUAACAUUGCUUUUAGAAUAGCAGAUAAUAUUGAAACACUUUGUAUAAUAAAAUUUUAAUUGGCUGAUUUCUAUGAUCCAGAAACAAACUACGAUUAUGUUUGUUGUGGUACACCUGGUUUUAUUGCACCAGAAAUCUUACUUCAUUAGAAUUAUGACUUAAAAGUUGAUGUAUUUAGUAUUGGAGUAAUUUUAUAUAUUUUAAUGACUGGAACACCACCAUUUGAUGGUGAUACAAGAUUAUAGUAGAAUAUUGAGAGUGAUGUUGAUUUCAGUUCAAUUAAUUUAAGUCCACUUGGCCUUGAUUUUAUUGUUGGUACACUAUAACCAAAUCCAGAAGAAAGAUUGACAUCUCAUUAAUGUCUAAAUCAUUAAUGGUUUAUAUAAGAACAAUUAGCAAAAUUAAAAUAAAUGUAAAUGAAAAAACCAACUUUAUUCUAAAAUCAACAAAUUGCUAGAAGAAUUAAAUAAUCUAAAACCUUGACUCUUAGUACUUCCUCUCCUAGAAGUCAAAUCUCUAUUUAGAGUCCAAGAAACCAUAAUUUGCAAUAGAGUUAAAAUUAUCCUUCUAAACUUACAUAAUUCAAUACUGAAAAAUUAAUUGGACCUUCUUUUAGUUCUAAAGAUAUCAUUUAAUUUGAAAAGAUCUAAACAUAAAUUCCUGAUCAUGACUAAAACUAAGAAUAAAGUAAUUAAAAAACAUCCAUUUAAAGUUAAAUUAGAUUAUAAAGGAAAAAGACUUAAUCUUUUGUUAUUAAAUCAAAUUCAACAGCAAAACAAUUCAACAUUAUUAAAUCAAAGUUAAAAUGA